ACCUCGCCUUCUUCGGGCUGUUUGCGGACUCCACAUUCACUUGGGUGGUGCUGUUUGCUCGGCCCUGGGACUACUCCACCGUGACUUUAAGGAUGUUGUGGAAAUAAGACCUUACCGGAAGCAACAUUUUGGCAGCCAGGGAUGCACUGGAAUCUACAGCUAUUAUUAUUUUGACAUCUUUUUUUUGUAACUCAGCUCAGGCACUAUUUUUUUUUUUUUUUCCUCCCCCGUCCUUCAUGGAAGGGCUCUCCUUAACCACCUCUGACUGUUGGGACCUGUGAAGCUUUGGCAUGACUCUUCGGAAAGUUCUCAAGUGGAGAUGGAGCACACUUCAUAGUUCUACAGAAAGAAGACAGAUGUGCGUUUUUUCACGCUGUCACCCAAGAGCUGCUAUGACUUUUUUGAGAACGUGGACAGGGGCCAAGUGAAGCUGAACCUGGUCAUGGUCUGUCGCCCAGGGUUUCUUUGUCGUCGGCGAUUUUGCCCCCGGCCCUUCCUGGUGGUUUUGGUGGUGGCACUCUGUCUGUUCUACCAGACCCUCACCCUCCGAGGGACCAGGAAGCUCCCGGCCGGGGCUGCCCACCACACACCCUCCAGGACUCCAGCCAGCAGAUGCGAGAGAGGAUACCCGCAGGAGAAAGAAUGCUUCCGUCUCGCUGGUAGUGCACAGGAAAUCAGGAAGAUUGAAGAAUCAAUUGAGAAACACUUUGGCCAUCACAGCAGAAGGGCCAUACUCUACAAGCCUCUUUCCUAUAACAUAAGAGAUCUUCAGCUCUACCAGCGGGCUCUUGCUCAGCAUGGCUACACGGUUGCCAUCGUUGAAGAAAAGCUGGGUGCUGGCCUGCAGCUGGGGCUGCUGGCACAAGGUGAUCUGAACUCUUGGGAUUUGCUCAUUUGCCUGCCUUCAAGGAAAGCUGAUGGGGCACCCUGCAUAUCCAGGGAAGACAUGUGCCAGUUAGGUUUACAUCAAAAGAUCAAUGUAUUGCCAGAAAUACAGCAUCAGCUUUGCAGAAAAGAAGGCUUAUGUCAAAUCAUCAGAAGGUUUCCAGAACUGCAGCUUCCAGUGAGUCCCUCUGUAUGUCUGGAUCAAGGAAGAGAGUUGAAGCCCAGUAGUUCCAGUCACCUUUUAAAAGCACUGAAGCCUCUAUGGAAACCUUGGGACCAGCAACAGGAGCUUUUGACUCAGACAACAGCCCUUGCUCCCCAGGAAGCAAUCUUCAGAACUGAAGAUCUAUCUGUGAUUCUUAAAGCCUAUGUGCUGGUGACCUCCUUAACUCCUCUGCGUGCAUUCAUUCACUCAACUGGCACUGCUUGGAGCCCUCCAAAGAGAAAACGUUUCACUGUCAAGCUACAGACAUUUUUUGAGACAUUCCUGAGGGUCAGUUCACCACUGCAGGCAUUUGAUAACAUGAAAGAAGCUAUUAGCAAGCUCCUGCUGGCCACUGAAGUACUCAGUGAAACAUCUUCACUGGGACCAAAGACCUUCCAUAGAUGUAGACUGUGUUUUCAGCUUUUAACUUUUGACAUUGGUUAUGGCAGUUUGGGGUCCCCAGUGGUGCUCCAGGUACAUGAGCAUUUAAAUUUCCAAGUUGGUGACAAUACAAAUUUGGAGGACCAAAACAGAGAAGAAUUCCUUUUAAAAGAUACUUUCAACUUUCUUUUCUCCAACUCAUCUUUGCUUUCUGUGUUUUCUGAGAUAGUUCAGAAACUGUCUCAACCAGCUAUAUUUGAGGGUGAAAACUAUCAAAAGGCAUUAAAUCAAUGUCUGUCUAUAGAGGAAAUUGACUUAGUUAUGACUUUCAUAAAGGAACUUGGGAGUCUGGGACAAUUCCAAAUGCUCUUUCCGGCUCUCACUCCUGGCAUUCCGUCUCUGAUGCAUGAAUUUUAUGAGAUGGCAAGUCUGAGGGGAGCUCCUGGCUCAGUCCUGACCCAGUAUGUGUCUCUCGUAAAUGAAUUUGAACAAUUUUGGCUCAUGAAAAAAAAGGCCCAGCAACCUUCAGUGGAAUGGAAUUCUUUCAUAGAAAACGAGACUGCUAAAAAACCACAAGCACCAUUUGAAGCAAUCAAAGAUAAAAAAGUUGCAUUUCCACAAAUUAUGAAUGAAAACAAAGAUACAGAUUGUGUCAAUGAGAGAGACACACCAUGUCACAUCAAGCAGAUCUCCACACAUCCACAUUUGGAACUAAAUCCUGAGUUUAAUCCAAAGAUCAAAGAUUAUUACUGUGAAGUGCCAUUUGAUGUGGUAACAGUGACAAUCAGAGUGGAGACUUCUAAGUGCCAAUGCAGGGUGCACCUGCAGGAUCCGGCAGGACCAAGUUUUGCCAACUACCCUCUGGGAUUAGGAAUGAACAAAAUCUCCAUGAUUAUGGUAGAUGAAUCCCCAGCAGAGGGUGAGACCCUGACCACAUAUAAACUCACCAUCUAUAGAGAAGACCGCCCAAGUCUGCCCUUCUUUGAGGACUUCACAGCAUGUGGUUUUGUACAGGAUUGUGGUUUGUUGAUUCGCCCGGAGGAAACCUGUGGCUUGCAGCCCCUUUCUUCUGACUACAUUGAAGCCAUUUCACAGCCUGAACUAAAAAGCUGUCCAUCUGGAGACACAGCAGGUCAGUGGAUUGUGCCUUGCCUCAGUUGUUCAGACAACAGGACCUGUGACUGGAGAGAAAUAACUUGGCAACCACAUGACUGCCAACACAGAGUGCUCACCAGGCCUGAGCUCCAGCAGUGCUUACGGGGAAGGAAGGUUCUUUUCAUUGGAGAUUCAACCAACAGAGGGAUCAUGUACUAUCUGAUUGAAAGACUGAAUGAAACGCUGCAGGAGUGGCAGAAAGUACAUGGCACUAAGUUGUAUCCAAACGUCAAUGGCGGGAGGACUUUGAUCAGUUACUCCUACUACCCUCAGUUUUGGAUAAGCUCAUCGUUGAGACCAACCUUUGAGAAAGCCCUUGAACAUCUCUUGCAAAGAUCACGUCCCCUAGAGAAUGCUGGCCAGACUGUGUUGGUUGUCGGUGGUGUUCAGUGGCUUAAUUCUCAUCACCUGCAAAUUAUUCACAAGGUUUUAAAGAGGGAAAAUUUACUCAAUAUCUUAGUGAUCAUCAAGACUUUGGGGAUUGGAUUUCAUCUGCCUGUGGAUGGAGUGCAUUUCCUAACACAGAGUGAAAUCCAAAACUUAUGGAAAGAAAAUGUAAUGAUUCUGGAUGCUGCGAAAAAAUAUGGCUAUGAAGUAGUGGAUACAUUCUCCAUCACGAUGGGGCGAUUCACAGAGUUCCUACAGGGCGGCUGUGGGUGUCAUUUCCAUGAGGUAGUGAAAUCAAAGCUAUCCAGAAAACACCACUCUAUUAAGAUGAAAAGAUCAAAGAAUCAUAUCGUGGGAAAAUACUUCAAUGCUCAAAGCAAACUACAGCAACAUCAAGACCUUGUCACAAAUGCUCAAUCACCAUAUCAUGUCAGAGGUCCAAUAAAUCAGGUUUGUUCUGAAAUCCUCCUCAGCAGAAUGUGUGCAAGUGAAAGGUAUGCAUAGGCUCCUGGAAGGAGAGCCGAAUGUGGAAUUAAAUACAAGCCAUUCACCUGGACGAUGGUCUGGGAACCAAAUGUGCCUCACAUAUACUUUGGAAUGAUAACCUAACUAUGUACUCUAGUACAAGCAUGCACACCAAAACACACAGCUUACAAAGACCAAGACCAUAAUUUUGUCACAGCUUUACACAGUCAGGAUGUGAACUUGAACAUCAGAUCACUUCAGAGUGACAGGCAGAGCUGGAAGGAGUUUACUUGACACAUGGUCAUAAAUUAGAACCACUACGAGCUUGGUAUUGUAUUAUGACGAUAAAUACAAGUCUGGAUACUUGAACUCUAUGGUGGAAAGGGUAAUGCUGCUUGGAACUAUGUUCUUUUCUCUGUAGGAACAUUAAUAUUAGAAGGUCAAGGAAGCAAUUACAUUCCACUUGCAAGGAGUGACUACACAUAGGUUCAUUAUCAGAAGAACAAGUGGCAUUUAUGAUGGCUUUUACUUUGUGGCUCUAAUGCUUAUGAAAAACAUUUAUUAUACUUUUAAACUUUUGUAACUGAAGGGAAAACAGAGGUAUGAUGCUCUACAAGGAAAUUCAAACAAAUUCUAUAUGAAAGAUAGGCAGUAUAUAUUUUACAGCUAAAGCAAUAAUAAAUAUAGUCAACUCUUUACUCCUUGUGAUUUUCAUAAACAUUCCCAUCUGUCCGUCAAUAAUGAAAUCCAAUGGUAACUGCAGUCUAAAUUGAUGAAAUAUGUAAUCUUAAAGUAAGAAACAAAAUAAAUGUCCUCAUGUAUUACUACUUUGUUAUGUUUUGCAGAUACUACUUAAGGAAGCUUUCACUUGCCAUUAUAGGCCUGUGUUAUUUAAGAUUACAAUUACAUUUUAUAAAAAUAUUUUUGCAAAAGAUUAGGGAUUCUCAAAUACAUAAGCAUAAAGCAUUUUAUAUGUAUCUACAAAGAUUAUUAUGUUACUAUUACCUGUAUUUUUCUUUCCUUGAGCAAAUGUAUCUAAUUCAAAUUUAGAGGGCAUAUAAUUAUUUUUAUUAAAAUGUUGGCAUACAUAUAAAAUAUACUUAAUUCAAGUAUUGAACAUUUACCUUUCUAUCCUUUAAGUUUCAAAAUGGUAAAUUUCUUCACUGUACAAAUGCUUUGAGAGAACAUCUCACUAUUAUAUGGCUUUUAAAAGAUAGUUUUGGUAAGGCCAGGAAGCUGAGUUAAUUCAAUAUGUGGCUUAAAUGACUAAAUGUACAAAUACCUCAAGGUCAUUGCCAUAUAAAAAUUCAACACUUUUGAUCCGUUGAUUCUUUAAUAUGAACAUCCACCUCUUUAAAAUACUAUAUUUUUAUAUAUAUUUUUAUAUGAACAUAAACGUGAUUUAUAUUUAACUCUGUUAAAUUAUAUUUAAAUGCAGUAUCAUUUGAUAUAAACAGUAAACAAAUGCAUUUCAUAGAAGAUAGAUGUUUAGAGCAAGGUAUUGAAUUGAUUUAAAAUGAAACAUUUUCUCAUACCUGCAUGUAUACAGAAGCAUCAUUUUAAUCUUUUGAGAUAUUUUUCAGUAAUAUAAAAUGUUACCAAUUCAUGCAGCUGCUCCAUUGAGUUUAAAUGUAUUAUAUAUUAUAUAGCAGUACUAUAGUCAACAUUUGCUUUUUGUAACUUACUGUCAAUGAAACUGAAAGAACCAUCUGAUUGGGGUUGGUCCGGCAUUUACCUCUAUGCCAUUGAAAAAAUAUAUUGGAUUUUACAAAGAAUUGUAAUGAUAUCAUUAAUAAACAUACUACUAGUAAGAAA